AGAUGUCGUCUGUGCCAAACAAGCCCAGAUGCAGCAGCUGCAAGGACCCGUUUUAUGGAGAGGAUCCAGACAACUUUUUGCUCCCCGAAGCUGACCCCCAGUCCUGCAGAGAUUGAGGAGGAAUUAAGGGGCCUCCAGGAUGUCCCCUCCCAUCUGAGGCAGUAUGUGGAAGCUGAGCCUGCAGACCCUCUCACUCUGCAAGGAGAGUAUGAAAGCCUUCUGACCUUGGAGGGUUUGCAAACCACAGUGUCCCAGUGCCUGCAGAAGCUGCAGUUGCUGCGAGCAGCUCUGGAGUCCCAGCUGAGGCUGUGCCCAGACUGCACUGGAGAUGUGGGGAGUUGCUCCCCAGCCUGUGUCCCUGCCAGGGGACAGACACGUGACAGUGCAGACAUGCUGGCUGUGCCUCUCCUCUGUUACUCCAGUCUCCAGGAGCUGAGGGACCUGUUUGCCUUGAAACUGCAAGUGUCAAUGCUGCACCAAGAGAUUGCCUUACAAAAGGUGAUGAUGACAGAGCUGCUGCCUGUCCUGGAGGGCAGACCAUUCCUGGAGGGCUCUGCAGGGCUGUUCCGGGCCAUCCACACCCAGCUCUGUGAGGGGGGCCGGCACUUCCCUGUGCUGGUGAGAGACGAGCUGCUGGACUGAGCUGGGGAGCCUCCUGCUAGUCCUGCACGGAGCCAAAGACAGCUCUAAGAAAUAAAUCUUUUCUAUGAACUUUGUUACUCUGCCUGUUCAUUCAGCUGAAUUCCAGGGGGUUGUUUUGUCUUGUUUUGUUUUGUUUUUUUCAUUUCCUUUUGUAUCAGGAGGCCUGGAGCCUCUCUGCUCUGGAGCCAGGCUGGGAGAUCUAGGGCUGUUCAGCCCCAAGAAGAGAAAACUACCUUAAAGCCCCUUCCUAAAGGAGGCUCAGAGCCCUAAAGGGGCUCC